UAGAACGUCUUUGAAGGCGGUCCGCGCUGGCCAGUUGAGGAGAGCUCGACCGACCAACUGCACGGCAGGGUCGUCAGUCUCCGGUCGGCAGCGCCCGCAGCGGCAGGAGUGACAGAGUCGUCCGUCUGGUCGGCAGCUGAAGGCACCGAUAGAAAGCAGCGUCGCCUCUGAAGUAGACUGGUGGAUCGUGAAGCUGUCAGUCGGCGGCUGGACCUGACGGCUUCGACAGACGUCAGGCUCCAGUGUGGAGAGCAGCCGUUUGUGCCUGUCUAAUCUAUCGCCGUGCUGGAAUGGCAGCUUGGCGUCAUUGCACUGUGGUGCUCUGGAGUUUGAUUGGUUUCUGCGCAAUAAUCGGCGCAGAGCAGCAGCAGCAACAGGCCGUCCUACCUAGCACCAUCGCGGACCAGGUUUUGAAUAUCGUCACACAGGCAGUUCACAAUGAAAUGCGCUCAAUUGUCAGCAACGUCAUGUCACGAAUGGAAGCACUGGAGCGUAGGCUCGUGUCUCAUGUGGAGUCAUUGGGCAGCAGACUGACUUUGCUUGGCUCUCGGAUGGAUGAGCUGGCUCCUAUUUCAGUACAAGAUACCCAGAGCCUGAGAACAGAGGAGCUUCCUUCCCGUUUGGACAGCCAUAAAGCUCAAUUGGACAAUAUGACUGCACAAAGAAGCGAACAUGGGCUCCAGGAAGACGAGAAUUCAGCGUCUGUGGGCGGCCUGAUUUUACGAAUCGACACGCUCGCUACCCAACUUGAGACUCAGCGGUCUCAGUUGACUGAACUCGCAACUAACCAUCAAACUGAACUAGCCGACCUGAAAUCGCAAAUCGACAGAGCUGUGGAAUGCAGUAACAGUCAGCGGAAUGAGACCAGCCAGAUUUCAGAGGCAGAUGUGAGACCCCGUGACUGUAGCGAUCUACCGAAUGGCUCCACAACGGGAGUCUACCUUGUCUACCCGGACGUAGCCGAUCCGUCGCAGUCGGUGCGGGCGCUCUGUGACAUGGACACCGACGGGGGAGGCUGGACGGUGAUCCAGCGCAGAGACGACAUCACGCCCCGCGAGGACUUCUACCGGACCUGGAGACACUACAAGAGAGGCUUCGGCAACCUGACCGGCGAGUUCUGGUGGGGACUGCACCACGUUUGGCAGCUGACGUCAGUCAGAGACCGGCGGUACCUGCUGAGAGUAGACCUUCAGGCGUUCGACGGUGACCGGGCUCACGCCGUUUACCAGGACUUUAACAUCUCUUCGGAAUCGGACGGAUACAGACUGGCCGCAUCCGGCUACUCAGGAAAUGCCGGCAACAGUCUGCGCAAUAACAUCAAUCGCCAGUUCUCCACUCACGACAGGGAUAAUGAUGGAUGGCUUGGAAACAGUUGUGCUCAGAGGCACCAAGGGGCCUGGUGGUACUACGUGUGCGGUUUCAGCAACCUCAACGGGCAAUAUUUGGGUUCCGAUGGGGGCUCGAACAUGUCUGGAAUCUGGUGGGGUGCGUGGAAGAAAUAUGAAUCACUGAAAAAGACCGAAUUGAAAAUCAGACCAUUCUAGAUUAUCAUCCAAAAACCGUAGGUAUACCAUACGGAUGGAUCAUACUGUACAAACGGAUGUCCGUUUAACGUCUAUAUGUCUAUUUGACGUGUUAUUGCGACAUCAGCUUGGGUAGUUCAAUAUUUGCUUUUUAUAAGUAUUAAUUUGCGACAGGCAUUCUUUUUAAUGUUACCGCAUGGCAUUAACAUGAAUUCUGGUCUCUGCUUAGAAGCAAUUCUCAUAGCUUGUGUUACCUAACUGUUUGGUGACAUGUGUUGGUUACCUCGGUUUUGAGUGUGUUAAUUCGUCUACUUUAAUACAUCUAGCCCUAUACAAGCUC